AUGAUGGGCGAGAUGGGCCCCUUCCAGUGGAUCGAAAGCCCACAACGCCCUCACAACCCGCUAUUCAACGGGGCUGUGAGACAAAACAGAGGCCGAGCACUCGACCCUCGUCUCGAACCCAUCGAGUCAGGCGUGGGAAUUCCCUCCGUUGCGAUGAACCAGCAGGAGCAGAUGCCAUACCCAAAGGCAGGCCCCAUUCGCACUCUGACCCCUCAUCAUGGAGGCCCGCCAAUGGACACUCAUCAUGCAUCCAUCCAGCCAGGCAUGGGUAAUCCCUCUUUCGCAAUGAGUCCGCGGGUGCAGAUGCCAUUUCAACAGGCAAGUCCCAAUCGUCCUCUGCCUCCUCAAUAUGGAGGCCAAGCGAUGGGUCCACGACUCGCAUCCAUGGAGUCCGCUAUGGGCAGUCCCUACUAUGUGAUGAGCCCGCGGGGGCAGAUGCCAUUCCAACAGGCAACGCCCAAUCGUCCGCCUCCGCCUGGAUAUGGAAGCCCAGCGACGGACCCACGCCUUGCAUCCAUCGAGUCAGGCAUGGGUAAGCUCUCAAUGAAGCCACAGGAGAAGGUUCCAAUCCCACAGGCAAGACCCAGACGCCCUCCACCCUCUCGUCCCUACAUCCGCCCUGCUGUCGUGGAAGAUGCCGAGGAAAUUUCACGAAUCCUCAACUGGCACUGUGUAGCAUCUCCGUGGGACCCGGAAGCCGAAGUGAUGAUUCCUGAAUAUGUCUGCAAUUUCCUUGAAACCUGCAAAUUACGCAGACUUCCAUUCCUGGUUCUCGUUAUGCCGCCAGAUCUGUCUCAAACCUCCGAAGACCCUCCAAAGCCGCAGAUUUGUGGCCUUACCUACAUCGAUGCUUUCGAUGAGAUUGUCACUGAGGACUCCCUUGGUGACCUGCGGGUGUACAUCUGUCCUAAAUGGACACACCACGGCUUCGGUACCGCGCUUGUCGACUGCAUCCUGGCUAUUUGUGACAUUCAUUACAAUCGCAGAGUUCACGUGGAGUGGCGCUCCGUUCCAAGUGUGGACUUAAGCAAUGUGCUACGACUGGAACAGGUGAUGUGCGCCAUAGCCUAUCCUGCUCAGGUGGAGAAGAACUUUGAGUUCAUUUGGCACUGGCUGAAGAAAAGAUUCGGCUUUCAGCUUUUUGGCGAAGUGAGGCAAGAUCGCGCCAAGUACGGCUAUGAGUAUGUCAAUGUUUCUUUCUUUCGCCUGACCCGGACAAUGUGA